CUUCCCCGUACCAAACUAUAGUUCCUGUUUAAUCCUCUUCCUAGUUCCUAGAUAGGAAAUCAGAUGUUAAAAGAUUUUAAAAAUUAUAGAAUAGUGAUUUUUAAUCAGCUUAAUACACACAACAAUCAAAAGUUUAUAGGAUUUGUUCCUCAUCAACAAUUUAACAUUCGUUCUGCACGCAAAGAAUCAUAAACCCUAGCUUCUAAUUCUCGAUCAAUACGCUUCAGGUUUUCUUUAGAGGAUUCAAUGUUCAAUAUUAUAACUUAUUGAGUGUUCGAUUUGUGAAAUGCCUGAACUGUAUAUAUCUAUAUUGAGAUGACAACCACUGCAAUUUUGAAUUAUGUACAAAGUUUAUGGCCGUUUGCUAAGAUUAUAAAUGAUGAUUUACGAUUAUCGGAUCGAUUAGUGAGUGGACUGGAGCUACCAGAUGAGACGAAACGGUUUGUGUUUGCGUUUCGUGAACCGGAAUCACAGGCGGUGAUCUAUGUGCUCUGUGUUCAGAAUUUGUCCGAAAGAUCAGCCGUUGACGCUGAACGUCUUGUUAGAUGCGUUAAACCGGGUGCGGUUGUGGCUCAAGUCAAGGAGGUUGAGUUUCAUGAUGAUGAAGGGUCGAUUCCGACGUCUUCGUUACAAGUACUUAAAAGAUGUUUUCUUCAAAGAAUCGGAAAAGAAAAGUACGAAAAUGUGGCUGGGAGUUUAGUGUUGAAAGAAAUUUUCGGUGUUGGAUUUAACGGUCAUUUGUCGGCUGCAAAACGAACAGCUGAAGAAGUUGGUUCGUCGUUUUUGAUGCUCGAAUCGCCUUUUGUGAAUAUAGAAAGUGAUCACGGUCCGUCAAAUGAGGUUGAGUCAGGUAAUUCUCAAGGUUUUGGUUUACAGCCUAUUAAUAACUUGAUACCACAAGCUAGAAAAAGAAACAGAUUCAUACCGCCAACACACAAGCUAGAAAAUGACAAACACGACAAGGCUCCCCAUACUCACGCACAGCAGCUGAAUAGCGGUAUAGGAUCUGGCCCAAACAUACCCACGCCAAAAUAAGAACCCAUCACCCCGACCCAAAAGAAAUUAACCUGCCCAUGAUGAAUAACGAGCAUGAAUCCUGAUGGGUAAGUUGGAUUUCUAUAAUUAACUUUUAUUUAUCAAGUACUUAAAGCAUAAUUUAUAUUAGCAUUUACAUACAACGAAAUUUU